AUGAGCAAUAACAGCAAUUCAUUUUUAAAUGAAAAGAAAUAUGUAUUUGUAACGGUUGGAACAACCAGAUUCGAAGAGCUAAUACAGGAGGUUGACAAAAAAGAGUUUCAUCAGUUGCUAAAGAGUUUUGGAUAUAAUGCAAUCCUAAUGCAAAUUGGAAACAGUGGAUAUAUUCCUGUUAAUUCUGUAAAUUUAGAAGAUCAACAACAACAACAACAACAACCAACAACAUCAUCAUCAUCAUCACUACCAACUGGAUUCCAAUCGUAUUACUAUAGAUUUAAACCAUCAUUAUUCGAUGAUAUGAAUAAUAGUACUUUGAUUAUAUCUCAUGGUGGAUCCGGAUCGAUUUUAGAAUCAUUGGAAAUUCACAAACCAAUUGUUUGUGUCACCAAUAGUAGAUUGAUGCAUAAUCAUCAGGUGGAGUUGGCAGAUAGAUUGUCUGGAUCACCCUAUAACUACUUACUGCCUUGCGAGCCAUCGAAUUUGGCAUCGGUGAUCAAAGAUGAUCUAAAGUCAUACUUGGCAACACGUCAGCAGAUGAAUGAUAAAACUAUUGAUCGAUCACUCAACAGAUUCUCACAGGGUCUCAAAGAGAAUACUGAAUCAUUAAGCAGCAACAGCAGUAACAGUAACAGCAAUAGUAACGGUCUAAAGACUAUGGUUGUUCUGGGAUCUGGUGGACAUACAGCAGAGAUGUUUUACCUCCUAAAGAAGCUGGACAGAGAUCGUUUCAAUCACAUCACAUACGUAUUGGCAGACUCUGACAAGCGUUCACUCGACAAAAUAACACUGAAUGACAAACUACCAGAGCAACGUACAGUCAAAACCAUUCCAAGAAGUAGAAAUGUUGGACAAAGUUAUAUUCAUAGUAUUUGGACAACUUUUAUAUCAUUAUUAUAUUGUUUAAUUUUGGUUUUCAAAGAGAAACCAGAUGUUAUUCUAUGUAAUGGACCUGUUGUUAAUAUGAAUAAUAACAAUGAUUCAUCAACAUCAUCAAGUACAACAACAUCAUCAUCAUCAACUAAAAAGAGAUAA